AUGGCCACGAUUCGUGUACACGAGGAUCAAGAAAAUCGUAUUGCCGACGUUCGUCGCGGCAAAGAAAAUAUUACCAUGCCUCUUCAAAGUCAAACAUUACAAGCAACAAAACGUGCAGUCCUAGGAGUUCUUCACAAUAAUUGUAAUCGUAAUUCAAAACCAGAAAUUUAUAAGGAUGAAAAGUAUCCAAAAACAAAAGCAGUUAUGCCCACACAGUUUGAAUCCUUUAAAUCGUUUUAUGAAGAAAAAAAAGAAGAAGUUAUAUUUAAAAUCUAUGAAGAUAAGUUAGAAGAAGAAACUUCUGUUGCACUUAGAGACACAAGAGAUAAGAAAGAAAUAAAAGAAAAACAAGAUGUUAAAUCUGAAAGAGAGAAGCCAAGGUUAGAAGUGAAUCCUAUAAAUGUCUCAAAUUUACCAACAUUUUGUAAUACUAUUCAAGAUAUAAAUCAAAAGAAAGAAAAUGAAGUAAUUUUUUCACAAGACAGUCCGAUGUCUUUAGAAAAAACCAUUCCUUAUUCUUCUUCAAAGAAAGAUCUUCAGAAACGAAGAGAGUCUAUUAAAGAAAUGAAAAUGAAUUUUUUUGAUGUAGAUGAAUAUAGAGCUGAUAUAUAUAACUAUUUACGUGCUGCAGAGACACAUCACAGACCAAAACCAGGAUACAUGAAAAAACAACCUGAUAUAACAUAUUCAAUGAGAUCAAUUUUAGUGGACUGGCUUGUAGAAGUUACUGAAGAAUAUCGGUUACAAACUGAGACUCUCUAUUUAGCUGUUUCAUACAUAGACCGCUUUUUAUCAUACAUGAGUGUUGUAAGAGCAAAAUUACAACUAGUUGGUACAGCAGCUAUGUUUAUUGCUGCGUAUCUUUGUGAAUUGUCAAUGCUUGAAGGGGAUCCAUAUCUACAAUUUUUACCUAGUCAUUUAGCUGCAUCUGCCGUAGCACUUGCACGACAUACGCUACAAGAAGAAAUAUGGCCGCAUGAGUUAGAAUUGUCGACGGGAUACAGUUUGAAGGAUCUUAAAGAAUGCAUUAUGUGUUUACAUAAGACAUUCUGCAAUGCAUUAAAUACUCAACAACAAGCCAUACAAGAAAAAUAUAAAAGCAGCAAAUAUGGACAUGUAGCAUUGUUAUUGCCACGACGUGUUGAUAACGUAACGCUGACCUCUGAAGAUGAAGAAGAAAAUGCCUAG